GAGGCUGCUGGCGGAGGCCGGAGGAUCGGGCGGCGGCGGCGGCGGCGGCUGGAAGGGCGGCGGCGGGAGCGGAGCGGGACGAGAGAGCGAGAGGAGGGGAGUGAGGAGCGAGCAGUGAGCGCCCUGCCGCCCGCCUGAGGAGCCGGAGCCGCCCGGGCCCUUCCAACGCCGCCGCCGCCCGCCCGCCCGCCUGCUCGCCCGCGGGACAAAGCCGAGAGUCCGUGCCAGAGCCAUGUCCUCGUCCGCCGGCAGCGGCCACCAGCCCAGCCAGAGCCGCGCCAUCCCCACGCGCACCGUGUCCAUCAGCGACGCCGCGCAGCUACCUCAUGACUAUUGCACCACGCCCGGGGGGACGCUGUUCUCCACCACGCCGGGAGGAACUCGAAUCAUUUAUGAUAGAAAGUUUCUGUUGGAUCGUCGCAAUUCUCCCAUGGCUCAGACCCCACCCUGCCAUUUGCCCAAAAUUCCUGGAGUCACCAGCCCUGGCACCUUAAUCGAAGACUCCAAAGUAGAAGUAAACAACUUGAACAACUUGAACAAUCAUGACAGGAAACAUACAGUUGGGGAUGAUGCUCAGUUUGAAAUGGACAUCUGACUCUCCUGCAAGGUGUAGAAGAAAAGCAGCAACGUGGAUUCCUGUGUGUACCUGAUUUCGCCAAUUACAUCAAUAAUUGAAAGACAGAAGAUGCAGUACCAGCAGUCCCCAGUGCAGCCUCAUUCCUCCCCCCCCCCUUUUUGGGUGCCAAAAGAGUGAUAAGCUUCAUCUGACCAUUUCUUCUCCCUGUUUGUUGCCCUUUGUCCAAUUAGACAGAUUAGUUUGAGGCCCUUGGUUAUUUCUGUAGAACUAAGCAAUCUUAGAGAAAACAGUUAAACUGGCUUCCUGGUCAUUUUCUAUUGAGACUCUCUUUUUACUUUCAGAUUUAUCCCAAAUAUAUUAUCAAUCUGUCUACAGCAUUCUGACUAGGAUGUCUGGGGAAGAGAUAUGUCUCCUUUCCAAUAGCCCAUUGGUGAUUAAUUUGGUGCUGGGGAUAUGAUUUUUUUUUUUUAACUCAAAAGAGAGCUGCUUUCCCUUUUGCCUUGCUGUUUGUCCUUAGGGACAGCGCAGCUUGCACAACUCUAGUAGCAUUACCCUGUGACACUGUUUUGAUGUCUGCUUCCCCUCUUUCCUCUGGGAGGAAUGUCUUGUAUCUUUGGUAUUCUAGUUUAUCUUCCCAUUCCUUUUCUUAAGACAUUUGUGCAGUUAUGCCUAAACUUUUCAACAGAAGAGAGCCCUUGGUACCCAGUGAUUGGCUCUUCGGCUGUUUUUAGACCUGCUUACACCUUGUUACUGACAGAGUCUUCUUGUACUGUGAUCCAAGUGAUUUUGUUUGCUCCCAGUGCAGGUCCAUAGAGGGACUUGGGCCUCUACUUGGUGAAUACAGCCUGAUUGUGGUAUUCUGCCAGAUAAUACCUGAUAAUGACCUCUGAAGAAUGUUAAACCAAUUGAGUACCAUGUCUCUGUAGUCACCAUGUUAAAAUCCGAUGAACACUGAUAUUUUUGGUCUUGGAUUGCAGUUUCUUACAUUUAAGUUUAAAGUCGACUUUCAGAAUACUCUAAGAAAAUAAUUACAUCUUUCCCCCCAAUAUGGUUCUACUUUAGCUGUUGGGGUAGAUAAGGGUGGACUUAAACUUUUUUCUUGCCAUUCCUAUUGUACUCUGAAUUUUCCCUUUCCUUUCUCCCCUCCUUUCUUUUCUCCCUCUUUUUCUCUUUCCUCUGCCAGGCCAUUUUUCAAAUAUUCAUCAAAGAUACCUUAAGUGUUGGUAUCUGAUAAUAUCAUUCCUCUUAUCUGAGGAAGGACCUUUUAUUUUUAAGAUGACUACAGACAAACUUAUUUUUAGAUACAUUUCAGUACAAUUUUGGGCAGCAACUUUUAAACUAAACAUCUUGCAGUGUUAGGAAGGUAAAAAUGUCCAUAGGCAAAUCUGCUGUUCCUGUGUCACUCACUGUCCUUUGUCUCCCCCACUCCUUUCUGAGCUCUUUUUUGCUUGAGUUUUGGGUGUGGAUGUGUGGAGUGUGUGAAACUGGACCAUUCUGCCUUGCUAUGGAUUGUUCAGAAAAGCUUCAUUGGCGGCCUAGGCAUUUUCAUUAUUCUUCCUCCCUAACCUACUCUCCUGGUACUAUAAUCUAGCUUAGUAAUCCCAGGAGAGUGAUUCCUUGGAAGAAAGACUGAUGCAUUGUCCCUUCAAAGGAAGACAAGGAGAGUAGCCACUGGUGUCCUGGCAAUGUCUGGUUGGACUGGAAGCCCUGCCUUGUAGUAAGAGAUCAGAUGCCAAGGUGAGAGGAACAGACCUGCUGGCUAGGAAAAUAAAGCUGUUUUUCUUUUGA